UCCUCCCCGCUCCAGCGCCCCUGCAGUUCUCGCUCCACUGACAGCUCGCCGAGGGGCCGCGCCGCGCUCGAGACCCGUCGAUGGCGAGGCGGAGCCUGGCGGUCGACGCAACCGCAGGCGCCGCAUCCCGGGUUCGGUUCGCGCCCACCUCCAAUAACCUGCUCGUCUCCUCAUGGGAUUCGGGGCUGCGGUUGUACGAUGCCGACGAGGGCACGCUCAGGGUCAACGUGGAGUCAGAGGCGGCAUUCCUCGACUGCUGCUUCGAGGAUGAGUCUGCAGCGUUUGCCUGCGGCUCUGAUGGAUCUGUGAGAAGGUACGACUUCCACUCAGGUUCGCAGGAUACGGUGGGGCUCCAUGAAGAUGCACUAGCCUGCAUUGAGUUCUCUUCACUGACCGGUCAGAUUAUGACAGGCAGCCUUGACAAGAAGCUAAAGCUUUGGGAUUCAAAAACAAGAAAUGUAAGCCCGAGCGGCACCAUAACCUUAAAUUCAGAUGUGGCCUCAAUUUCUAUAUGCGGCAUUUACAUAUUAGCUGCAGUUGAGAGAAAUGUUUAUCUUUAUGACAUGAGGAAUCUAACAAGACCAGUUGAUGAAAAAGACUGUCCUCUGGAUUAUCAAAUUCGAUGCCUUCAUACUUCUCUAGAGUGGAAUGCUUAUGUUGCUGGCUCUGUGGAUGGAGUUGUUGCAUUGAAGUAUCUUGAUCGUGGAACAGAUAGAGAUUUGGGAUAUGCAUUUCGUUGUCAUCCAAAUUCCAGAAACGGAAAAUGGAAUCUGGUCCCUGUAAAUUGCAUCUCAGUUCAUCCCUGCAACAGAACUUUCGUUACGGGAGAUGAUAAAGGAUGCACUAUUGUUUGGGAUGCUCAAUUGAAAAAGAAGCUGAUUGAGCUUCCAAUGUAUUUGGGCAGUGUGGCGUCAGUGGCAUACAACCAUAAUGGCCAACUUCUGGCGGUUGCCUCAAACUAUUUUUUAGAAGUGGAUAAAGAGGAGCAACACCACCAGGUAUUCAUUGAAACUGUGGAGAACUUCAAAGGCAAGUCCCGUGUGGGAUAGAGCCUUCUAACAAAACAUGUUCUGUUCAUCUGUUGUAUUGUAUUUUGUCUACCAUACAUGUUAAAGGUCACCAAGAUGUGACAGCAUGUUGUAUUAUGUUGUAUGACUAAGCAUUUUUUUUAGGAAACGACAUAAUAUGGCUAAGCAAUACUUGUAUAUAUUGGUUACAUCUAGUCUGAGACAGCUGUGGUGUGUUGUAACUCU